UCGACAGUCAUCAAUAUGCAUUCGUGGUGUGUGGUGUUGUCGACUUUAUUUUUUAUCACAACGUGCUCAUCGCAAACAGACCAAAACUACUGGAAAUCUUUAGCGGAAAAGGAAUUAGAGGAAGCAUUGCAAGUUAGAUUUAAUCUGAGAACAGCUAAGAAUGUCAUCUUAUUCGUUGGCGACGGAAUGGGACCCAAUACGGUUACUGCGGCCAGGAUAUAUCGUGGUGGUGAAAGUCAUAGGUUGGCAUUCGAGAAAUUUCCUCAUGUCGGUUUACUAAAGACGUAUUCCGCUAACAAAAUGGUACCGGACUCAGCGUGUUCCGCCACCGCCUUAUUCUCUGGUAUCAAGGCUAAUCUCGGCACUCUGGGUGUUGAUGCUACCGUACCUCAGUAUGACUGUGAGGCGUCUCUUAAUAAGGAAGCGUGGUUAGACUCAUUAGCAGCAUAUGCUUUAAAAGCCGGGAAAAGCAGUGGUUUAGUGACGACAAUGCGAGUAACACACGCGACCCCCGCACCAUUGUACGCGCAUAGCGCAUCAAGGAGUUGGGAAUGUGAGGCCAACAUGCCAGCAAAUGCCAAACAAUGCAAGGAUAUAGCUCGACAGCUCGUCGAAGACUGGCCCGGGAGAGACUUGCAUGUAGUACUUGGUGGAGGCAGACAGGUCCUAGUUUCAAAUUCCACUGGUACUCCUGAAGAUCCUAUCAGCGCCUGGUCUUGCUACAGACAGGAUGGAAGAGACUUGAUCGAUGAAUAUAGAAGAGACAAAGAAGAUAGAAAUCUGAAAUAUCAAAUUGUUUCAAACACCAGAGAGCUUCUAAACAUUGAAAACGAUAUUGAUUAUUUGUUCGGUAUUUUCGCAAACGAACAUCUACAAUAUGAAUUCGAAAGAAACAAAAGUCCAGAAGGCCAGCCUUCAAUAUCUGAUAUGACGAAAGCAGCUAUUCAAGUACUGAGCAAGAAUCCUAAAGGAUAUUUCCUCAUGGUAGAAGGUGGUAAAAUAGACAUGGCUCAUCAUCGAGGAAGAGCUAAGACGGCUGUAGACGAGACAGUGGCUAUGGAGAGAGCGGUACAACUUGCAGUCGACAUGACCAGUGAUGAAGACACCCUGAUCAUCGUCACCAGCGAUCACACGCAUACACUUUCUAUCAACGGGUAUCCUGAUCGGGGAGCAAGUAUAUUUGGUAUCGCUGCAGAAUCUCCCUUCGAUCACAAAAACUACACAACUCUCUCCUACGGUACUGGAGGGCCGGGUUCCUUCCAGUAUGACAUUAAGACCAUAGGCAACAAGACUAGAGCUGAGAGGAGAGAGCCCAGUAAGGAGGAUACAGAGAGCUAUCACUAUGAACAGAUAGCAGCCAUACCACUUGAUGAAAACAGCCACGGUGGUGGAGACGUCGCGGUGUACGCUAAAGGACCCCACUCUCAUCUGUUCCACAGCGUGCAUGAACAACACUAUGUCUUCCAGGCGAUAGCGUACGCAGCAAAAAUAGGACCAUAUUCAAAUGGCAAAAAAUGGACAAAAAUAAAAAAUUAAGAAAUAUACAAGUAUGGGAUCAGGAUUUUAUUGUCACAACACUGAUAAACUU